GAGACGAAUUUCUGACUAAAAUGAAUCAACGAUAUAAUAAUACUAAUUCCACCUCUGUAAGCCAUUCCCCUUUACAUUCUGAGUAGAUUGUUAAAUAAUCACAGAAAAGAAAACAUCAAAUAUGGUUAAUAAAGUGAUACAAAUGUUCCAGGUCCCAGUGGUUGGCGAAAUCUCCUGUAAAUCCAUUGGUUGCGGUCUCGGCGCUUCUAUCCAAUCCGUUGCAGAUGCGGCUGCAGCUGUAUUUGGAAAUUGACAUCUGGAGGCAACAGUUUACGCACGAGCUGGCAUAUCGAGUCUGGAAUUAUGAACAGAUCUGUUUAAACCUGAAGUUCGUUUUGAAUUUUAUUCCCGAAGAACUGAGACCAUGGCGUUGGGAAUCUGCGCCCUCGUGUCCCCGACGUUAGGAACCCGCGUUUUUGUGGCUCUCCUAGUCUCUCAGAUAAACGUGCUCCACGGUGGGGCCCGGGGCCAGGCUGAGGCAGACUGCCGUCCUGCGGUGCAGCACGAUGGGCCUCUGGGGGAGGUGCCUUCUCAUCAAGGUAUGAGGUUCGAGGGGUCACAGCCGGAUGUCCCGGUGGAAGGGGAGGGCAGGCCGACCCCGAGAAGGGGCGAGAGGGCGCUCUCAAAUAUCCACGGGGAGGUGGCUCGUACUGAUGACAUCGCAGAGGUCACCAUCAUCAAAGCCCCGCCCACGUCCUCACAAACACUCAGGCAGGUUCUGGCUUUGGGCCCAGGCUACAGGAGGAGGAGGAGGGCGCUGCUGGUGCCCCCAAUGUUUGUCCCUGAGAACCAGCGGGCCCCGUUCCCCCGUGUUAUCGGCAAGUCACAUGUGAUUUCGGCUGACGAGCAGGGCAGCCACAUCUUCCGGCUGACGGGGCGGGGGGCAGAUCAGGACCCCAAGGGCGCGUUCAGCAUAGACCAGCUGACCGGCGAAGUCACUGUGAACCGCGCCCUGGACAGAGAGGACAUCGCCUUCUACCAGUUGCAGGUGUCUACGACGGAUCAGGCCGGGAAAGUUCUGGAAGGCCCGGUCCCACUGGACGUGUCUCUGAUCGAUCAGAACGACAACAGGCCAGUCUUCACAGAGACGCGAUACGCAGGAGAGGUGCUGGAGGGCUCCCCCGCAGGGACCACCGUGAUGACGGUGACGGCGUGGGACGCGGACGACCCCAACACAGACAACGCCGCCCUGCGCUACAGCCUCGCCAAGCAGUCGCCCGACCUGCCCUCGCCAAGCAUGUUCUACAUCGACCCGGAAAAGGGCCACGUCGUCACGGCAACCUCCGUCGGGCUGCUCGAUAGAGAGGCGCUGCCCACCACGCAGUAUGAGCUGGAGAUCGUCGCCAAGGACAUGGCGGGGAGCGACGUGGGGCUCACCGGCACAGCGACCGCCACCAUCACCAUCGCCGACAAGAACGACCACGCCCCCAAGUUCACCCAAUCGCUGUUCCAGGCCACAGUGAGGGAGAGCUGGAGGGGGGCGGUCCUGACUCUGACGGUGGAGGACCGGGACGAGGUGGGCACCGGGGCGUGGCGGGCGAUGUUCUCCAUACUGGGCGGGGACUCUGACCGCAGUUUUGAGGUCCACACCAACCCGGACAACAACCAUGGAAUGCUAUCUGUGGUGGAGCCCUUGGACUAUGAGAGUUCAGCGUUCCACUCCCUGCUGAUCAAGGUGGAGAAUGAAGACCCCCUGGUGGCAGACGUGGGGUACAGUCCCAUCUCCACGGCGACGGUGUACGUCACGGUCCUGGACGUUAACGAGGGUCCGGUGUUCUUCCCUGACCCCAUGGCGGUCACCAGGCGGGAGAACAUCCCCGCUGGCAGCACCGUGGCAAUGCUGAACGCCACUGACCCCGACCUCCUGCAGGCACAGCACAUCAGGUUUGCUGUCCUGAACGACCCAGCCGGGUGGCUCAGUGUUGACCCGGUCACAGGGAUGGUCAACACCACCGCCAUUUUGGAUCGUGAAUCCCCUUUCGUCCAUGACAACACAUACAGGGCCGUGUUCACUGCAGUAGACGAUGGUAGCCCCCCUGCAACAGGUUCUGGGACGUUGGUCAUCACGCUGGAGGAUGAGAACGAUAACGCCCCCUACAUAUACCCGCCCGUGGCGCGUGUCUGUGAGGAUGCCAAGGACCCGAACGUGCUGGUGUUGGGAGGGAUGGACAGAGACAUCGACCCCAACGGCGCCCCCUUCAGCAUUCAGCUGGCAAAACAGCCUGGACUGGAGACCACGUGGAAUAUCACUAGCAUCAACAGUACACACUCCCAGGUGACUCUGCUGCACAGGUUGCAGAGGGCCAGCUACCUCCUGCCCCUGCAGGUGACGGACUCCGGGGCUCCGCCCCUCUCCCGAAGCGCGCAGGUGACGGUCCAGGUGUGCACCUGCCGGCGGAGCCGGAUGGACUGCAGCAGGGCCGACUACGCCCACUCCGACCUGCUGGUACUCGGCCCGGCCCUGCUCACCGCUCUUGCUGCUCUGUCGCCAUGACGCCAGCAGGUCUGUAAACUCUGCAGAAAUCCUGCACACCAACCGACCCCUGUCUAAUCCCUGUGAGCGAGGGUGGAGCGGACCAUGGAUACAUAAUCAUCAUCAUCAUCAUCAUCAUCAAGUCCGAUUAUCCUUGGCAAUGAAGCGUUUUUUUCAGAACUGUUCCCCCUCAGCUUCCCCAUUAAAAUCCUUUUUUCUCCUCCUGCUCUACCCCUUCCUGCCCUGCCUCCAACCUCCCCUCAUAAUUACUUUCUCCGACUGUCCAAGUUUUCUCGAUGAACAGAUCUGUCUCCAAAGGUUGAUCUAUCGCCAGGCUUCGCCGCUCGUGCUCCGCCUCUCUGGACAUGUGACCACGAGUCCCUGGAAGUACCCCUUCUCUGCUGUGUUUGACCUGCUGCCUUUUGGAAGCUUGCUCACCGUACUGUCCUUGAGAGAGAUUCUGAUUGGCCUUCAGUGCUCAUGUUUCCUGCUUGUUUCCAGCCAAUGAGGAGGCAGACCCAUAAUCAUCCUCAGCUCAUCUUAAAUUAACAUCACCUUUUUGAAACCGAUUCCUUAUUUACUCCAAUGCAAUCUUACAUGAAAAACUUUUGGUUAGCAUGGAAAAACCACGAAACCAUGUUUUUGCCAUGAAAAUAUGAAAUCUAUGCUAUAGUCAUUUAUGUCCAUUUAAUCAUUUAACAUAGCAUAUUCUUUCCCCUAAUUAAAAUUGUGAAUUGUACAUUGAUCACCAGAGUUGAUCUCAAUUACCUUUCAGUUCAAGAAGCGGAACGAAUUUAACUGAAUUCAUAUUCAUUUCCUGAACUGGAAUGAAAUUGACCCUGACCCUCUUAUGUACAUUACAGUGAACUGGGCAAAGGCACUGUAAUGUAGCCCCAGUAUGACAUCACAGAGCCCAGCCUUCCUGGCUCAGUUUAAGUGAUUGACAUUAAAAAACAAGGCUGAGUAAUCUGCUCCCCAAUCCCACAAUUCCCACUGAAACUCAUUUUGGUUACCAGUUAGUUUUAUGGUUGGUUUUGAGCGUGUAAAAAUUGUGUGCAUGUGUAUGCUUAUGAGUGUGUGUGUGUGUGUGUGUAUUUUCUGUAUUUGAAUGUGUGCGUGAGACAGACCCAAUUAUAAAAAGGAAAAUGUGAUUAUAUACAUUACGGAUUUUUGACUGUAUGAAUUAUGAGGAUGUGAACCAUUUAUGUAUAUAUAUUUUGCACUGAUUUAUUAAAGCUGUUACUGUAUUUCC